CAAAUGAGAAAUUAUCCUUUGAUGGGUAGUUUACCAAGUCGUGGGAAGUUAUUUGAACCUUUUCGAAAUUGAAACCUUUCAAAGAAACUGGGUAGUGCCGCCUGGCCUGGAGGGGAAGGAAGCUAUUUUCAAGGAUUUUUUUAUUUUUUUGACCGGAAUCUAUUUUUAAGGAUGAUUCGAAAAAAUUGCGGCUAUCCGAGCGGAGAAUUUGGCAACGAGGCAGAGAGGUUCUUCUGGCUGUGUGGAGGAACUCUCUCUCUCUCUCUCUCUCUCUCUCUCUCUCUCUCUCUCAUGCACUUUUUCAACGAAAUUCGGUUCCCCCCUGCCGACGUCGAACGGGGGCUGAAACCCUGUGACCCAUUUUGACUAUUUCAGAAAUCACACGAAAGGGAAAGAUUUACGUAUCAGCAUCAGCACCCAGCACCAGGGAAAGAGAGAUAGAUCCUCCUCUCUCUUCCCCCAUAGAAAGAAAUACGCCAAGAAAACAUUAGGGUUUUCUCUCUUCUCUUUCUCCAUCACUUUAUCAAACGGGUGGUGUAGGGGAGGGUACCAAACCGCAUUAAUCAAUCUGGGCAUCAAAAUAAACCCAUCUUAUUUGUUGAAUUGGGUUUGAAGGGAAAGGAUGUGCGAGGGUGGUCCCCCGCCUCCUCACUUCUCCAAAUCCAAUAGCCGAAUCUUCAUCGAAACCACCUAUGGCCCCUCUCCCCGACUCUAUCAAGUCUGGAAAGGAAGCAAUAGAUUCUUCAUUGGAGGCCGGCUUAUAUUUGGGCCGGAUUUCAGAUCACUAUUCCUUACAAUGGGUUUAAUUGUGGCUCCAGUAAUAUUGUUUUGUGCUUUUGUUUCUCAAGGGCUUGUUAAUGAAUUCCCACACCACCUGGGCCGUCUUAUUGUAGUUUUAUCUGCUGUAUUCAUGACUUGUAUUAUUAUUCUUCUCUUCCUCAUCUCUGGACGAGAUCCUGGCAUUCUUCCUCGAAAUCCACAUCCUCCAGAAGCAGAUGAUGAUGUGUCUAGCAUCUCCACGGACUGGGCUGGAAGUCAGAGUGGUGGUCCUGCUGUACCCCCUACCAAAGAAGUUACUGUAAAUGGGAUGGUUGUUAGGGUUAAAUAUUGCCAAACAUGCAUGCUAUAUCGGCCACCACGUUGCUCCCACUGCUCAAUAUGCAAUAAUUGUGUUGAGCGCUUUGAUCAUCAUUGCCCGUGGGUGGGACAAUGUAUUGGGAAGAGGAAUUAUCGGUUCUUUUUCACAUUUGUAUUCUCAACAACUGUCCUCUGCCUAUAUGUUUUUGCCUUCUGUUGGGUCAAUAUCGGCAUUAUAAUGGAAGCAUACCAUUGCAGCCUCGGAAAGGCAUUUGCGAAGUCACCGGUUUCAGGAAUUCUCAUACUGUAUACAUUCAUAGCUUCUUGGUUUGUUGGAGGUCUCACUGCAUUUCACCUUCAUUUAAUUUUCACUAACCAGACAACAUACGAAAAUUUCCGUUAUCACUAUGAUGGGAAGAGGAAUCCUUAUAACAUUGGAUGUGCCCAAAAUUUUAAGGAGGUCUUUUGCUCUAAGAUACCCAGAUCCAAGAAUAACUUCCGUGCAAAGGUGAAGGGUGACUCAUCUUUUAUUGUCAGUGCUUCAAUGUCUCUGGGCCGACCCAUGAGCCCAGAGAUGCCCAAGACGAGCUUUGAUAUGGAGAGAUUGAAACCGCAAGUCGUCGAUGCAGAAGAGCUUGAAGAUAUAGAGAGCCAAAUUGAGAGUGUUGGACAAUUAGAAAAACGUGGGACUCAAACAAGACAACCCAGCUGGGAUGACAGAAGCCACUGGGAGAUCACCCGUGACGUGCACAUGCUUGUUGCUGAGUUUGGAGAGGAACAUAAGGCAGGAGGGACAGAGCUGAUUCAUGGAGGCCAUUGAAUUUGUUCUUGAAGGCUACGAAUCUGAGAGGGGAUAGGUUAUAAUUUCGAUUUUGACAGAAACGUAAUCGCAUGUUCUGGAAAUUGAAGUAGAUGCUACAAAUGAAGAAUUGUGUCCAAUUUACUUCCUUCUUAGAAAAGGAACGGGUAGAUUUCAGAUAAGAGACAAAGGUAUUGCGAUUACCUGCUUCUCUCAUGACUUUAGGCAUCGGUUUUGCUUGCAAAUUGGCAGGGAUUCAUUUAGCCGUUAAUUGUUUGAUAUGUUAGCAUUUUGUAGAAAGUAAAAGACAAGAAACAUUAGAUUGUAGAGGAAAAAUAAAUUACAGGAAGGGUGGAAUAAUGGGUCUAUCUGAUUA